UCGACUUCUCCGUUUUGUGCAUUUAAAAUCAACUCAUAAUUUCCCUCCAUAUUCAGAUAAUUCCGGAUCACCCCCAAUUUUUUCCUCAAAAAAUUCAACUGCAUUUUAUUUCGUUUCGGUUCAUUUCAAUACAAUUUUGUUUUUUAAUUUCUCGUUUAAUUUUUGGUGAAAAUGAGUACCGGAGAGCUUCUCAGCAUUGAACCUUCAGAACUCAAAUUCGCUCUUGAGCUGAAGAAGCAGAUCUCAUGUUCUCUCCAAGUAUUGAAUAAGACUGAGAAUCAAGUAGCUUUCAAGGUGAAGACUACGAAUCCGAAGAAAUAUUGCGUCCGACCCAACACUGGAAUUGUUUUGCCUCGAUCAAAAUGUGAUAUCACUGUAACAAUGCAAGCACAGAAGGAGCUGCCUCCUGACUUGCAAUGCAAGGACAAAUUUUUGCUUCAGAGUGUAGUUGUAAAUCAUGGUGCAACACAAAAAGACAUUACUCCAGAAAUGUUUACUAAGGAGGAAGGACGUGUUGUUGAAGAGUGCAAGUUGAGAGUGCUUUAUGUUUCCCCACCUCGACCACCAUCUCCAGUUGCAGAGGGAUCCGAUGAGGACUCUUCACCAAAGACGACUUCUAUGGAGAAUGAAAAUCUGAAUGGCAGUGAGGUUACUAGAAAGUUUGUUGAUAGUCAUGAAAAUUCACAGGAGGUACGCUCACUUAUUUCAAAAUUUACCGAAGAAAAAGCUGCUGCAAUUCAACAGAGCAACAAACUUCGUCAAGAAUUGCUACUCUUGAGGCGUGAUAGCAACAAAAGUGGAGGUGGAGUCUCCAUCAUGUUCGUCGUCAUCAUUGGCUUGCUCGGCGCUGUUUUGGGGUACCUCAUGAAACGGACAUAAUUAUCCAUCUGAAUAUUUUGGCUUUAUGUUUUCAUACUAUUUUGCUUCUCUCCACACAUAUUGAAAUAUAGGGACGGAAAAAUAUCACGAAGGUGUCAAUUUUGUAUUAGCUUAGUUUGAUAGAAAUUUUAUGUUUAGGUUGAUUCAACAUGCUGUUUUGUUCGAUCUAAUGGUGCAUUCUUUUGUAAACUUUAAUGAAACUUCUUUAUUUCUUUC